GGUGUACCGGUUAUUAAAGUGGCCAAUGAGAGUGCUCCAGAGUACGCCCAGCGGCCCGGGUUCCUGUCAACGUUGGCUCUGGCCACGGACCAGGGCAGUAAGCUGGGUCUCUCCCAGAACAAGAGCAUCACCUGCUACUGUAGCACGUACCAGAUUGUGCAGUUAAAUUGGCUACCACUAGUAAUAAGCUUCAUCGCCUUUAGCAGUGCCAACACGGGUCUGAUCAUCAGUCUGGAGAAGGAGCUGAUCCCAUUCCUCGAAGAACUUCGACAAGUAGUGGAGACGGCUCAGAGCUUCUGGUCCUGGGCUUGGAACCAUUGUCCUCCCCACACUUUCUCUUAACAUGUUCCCCACUCCUCUUUAAAUAAAUCUUUCCUCUGUCAUAUUGCUGAUUGUUUAUUAAUUUAAAGUUCCCCACAUACCACAUUAAUCCCUUACAUUUUUUAUGUUUAAAUAAUGAUAUCAUUUUCUUCCACUUCAGAGUCGGUGUCGUAGCAUUAAUGUGUUGAAGUUG